GAGGCAAUUUUCCGCAGCAUAUUGGUCAACCUGCAAUGGCUAUAGCAGGGACAGUGCAUCGUUAAACUUUCAGUCAAGGAUAUUACACAACGCUGCUAAUUUUCUCAUGAUGCAGUUUUUCUUUGCUGUGGACCGUGUCACGCUGUCGCAGUUCGUACAAGUAAUUUAUAGGCUUCCGCCGAGUCACAUUUGCAGAUUGCAUUCCUCUACAGAAUCUAUUUUUCCUAAACUUCAGUCCCAAUAGAGAAGACUGAGGGGGGACUUCUGUUGGUGUUUCGGCACCUACAACACGAAGUGAGGUGGUGGUCAGCUGGAGCCACCCUGCACCACUGUGCACAGCUGGAGCUUCCAGGAAUGAUGGGGCCAACCCACCGCAGCAGGCCCCCUCGCUGCACCUGACCUAAGUCACCUGACCCAGCAUGGAGCUCAAGGUCUGGGUGGACGGGGUCCAGAGGGUCGUAUGCGGGGUCACCGAGGCAACCACCUGCCAGGAAGUGGUCAUCGCUCUGGCCCAGGCCAUAGGCCGCACUGGGCGCUAUACCCUGGUGGAGCAAUGGCGGGACACAGAGCGCCACCUGGCCCCCCACGAGAGCCCAGUGGCCUCCAUCAACACCUGGGGUCAGUAUGCCGGUGACGUCCAGCUGAUCCUGCACCGCACAGGCCCCUCCCUGACUGAACGCUCCCCUUCCGAGGGGCCCCCGCUUCGGGGCCCGGAACGCGGUCUCCACCGGCAGAGCCUCCCCCCACUUGCCAAGCUCCGCCACCCCAGUGAGCGCUCCCUCCGCCGCCGUGAGCCGCGCCGCAAGUCCCUCACCUUCUCCGGCAGGCCCUGGGGCCUCCGGGACAUCCUGAGUGGGGGCCGGGCUUGGGAGGAGAGGGAGGCCGAGGCCAAACAACGUCUCCUACUCCAGGGGAACGGUGGGAACCAGAACCACCACCACCAUGUAGCAGCCGAAGCGGUAGCCCCAGGGGGGGCAGUGUCCCCCGGCAUGUGGGCCUGCCGCAUGGAUGACUUGGUCAGACUGGUGGGGCUCCAGAGAGAGACUCUGGGUGUGCUGGAGAAGAGGCUGGAGGCCUAUGAGGCUGAGCUGCAGACCUGGGGUGGGGGUGGGGGAGAAGGAGGGGGAGAGGAGGCAAAGGAAGCGGGAGGGCUGGUGGAGGAGAUAGUGAGGCUGGAUAGACGACUGAGGAAGAACGAGGUGGAGAUGGAGGAGGAGGAGUUCUGGGCCAGUGAGCUGCAGAUUGAGCUGGAGAGCGAGAGGCAGCUGGAGGACAGGCUUGAGGAGCUAACGGGACGUCUGCAGGGCGCUAAGGUCGACCUGGGGGACAGGAUGGCUCUGGUACAGGGUGUGGAAGCGGGUCUCGAGGAGGAGCGUCUGCGGUGGGAAAGACAGGAGACUCAGAGGGUGAGCGAGGUGGAGGCCAGGGCGCAGUUGCUUAGGGCCCGCACGGAGCUCAAGACCCAGGACAGACAAGCCGUCCAGCUGGAGAGCAGCUGCAGAGCCGUGGACAGGUCCCUGAGCCAGAGUAGCAAGAGAAUGCAGAACAUGCAGCAUGAGCUGGAGCAGCUGACCAAGGAGCUGAGACAGGUCAACCUGCAGCAGUUCAUCCAGCAGACUGGCACCAAGGUCACUGUGCUGCCAGCCGAGCCCAGUGAGGAUGAGGAGGGGACUACCCACACCGGACAGGGCACAGACUUGGUUCCUCUGUCCGGUUCCCUGAAGCGUCCAGUCUCCUCGAUGCCCGGUCACCUUCGGGUCCUGCAAAGCCCGCUGACAUCUGGCUUGAACCCAGAAGGGAUCUACGUGUAAGAGGACAGAGGACACAGAGGGGGAUGUCUAUGUUCCCUGCCAGCUGGCCCCCUCACUACCAACCUAAAGGUAGCUUGCUUGGUAGUCUGGUCCCAAAACGGUUGUCUUUAGCCAACUCCUCUCCUAUUCACUCCUAGUCAGGAGUUGGUUAUAUACAGAUCUGGGAUAAGACUAGUUCAAGGAUGUAAUAGCACGUCCAGGUAAAGGAUACUUCAGUAACACUCUCCUGUCAUGGAUAAAAGGACCUACACUUACACAGAGGAUAUGGCUAGAGGCCAUUGUGUACAAGCACUCCUAGUCUCCCACAUGGGACAACACAUGAUGAUGAUUGCUCCAACGAUGAAGGGAAGACUAUGGGUAACCUACCUGACUGCAGGAUGGGGCACUUAGCUUGGAUGAACAGACAGAGAUACACUGUGUGUAGAAAACAUUAGGAACACCUGCUCUUUCCAUGACAUAGACUGAUCAGGUGAAUCCAGGUGAA